AUGGUGAAAGUAGACUAUGGUGGGUUAGAUGGUUUCAAUAGAGCAAUGAAUUUGUCAUCUGAUGUCCUCAUAAACCUUAGGUUCAUGAUAGAGAAACAGAUGCUCCAAUAUUUUUUUCAUAGGCUAAGAUCUGAGGAGGGAAUGUCUUUUUUGGGGCUGGAUGAUUCACUGAAACAACUCUCCAAUGAUGAUACCAUUGCUACCCUCAUCGUUUGGGAAGACUUGGAGGUUAUGGUGAGAGUUAUGAGAGAUUCUUCAGGUAGAAGGAAAGUUGAAGUGUUGGGAGUAGAAUCAGAAGCAAGAGAUGAAGGAUGGACGCUUGUUGAAAAAUCUAUUUCUCUAGUCUACUGGCUGGCUACUAACUAUACUCGAGAUCCUUUCAGACUAGAUAUCGUCAGUAACAGUACAGCUAAGGGUAUGCAAUUUUGUAAGGGGUUUAAUGGUAUUGGUGGUCUACUACUGAAUAAAAGGAAGGAUGAUGGUGAUGAUUCUCAUGAUGAUGAUGAUGAUGAUGAUGAGUGA